CAUCAGCUCAGGACCAUGAAGGCCACACGAUGAAUGAAGACCUGAUGAGGACUGGAGACUUCAGCCUGAUGAUCAAUAAUGUCUGUCUGACUAACAGUGUGUUUUCCUGCUGCGUCUACAAUGAGCACAGGAAGACCCUCCGGCAGAAGGUGGUGGUCCUCAUCCUCAGAGGUUUUCAGUCGGAGGUCGUGAAGGUCACAGACGGGGACCCAUCGGUGUCACUUCCUUUUAAAAUCCCUGCUCCUCUGGACGAGGACCUCAGGGUGGAGUGGACCCGCCCGGACUCCAAACAGACGGAGGUCAUCACCUUUAAGAACGGAGAAAUUCAUUCACCCAAACAGAUCCUGGGUUACCGUUACCAUGGCGACACAGAGAUGGACAAAGACCUGCUGACGUCUGGAGACCUGAGUCUGGUCCUGCAUCGUCCCCGUCCUAAAGACAACGGCCUCUAUAGAUGCACCGUCUACAGCGGGGAGGAGGUCCAACACAUGAAGAUGGUGACGCUCAGUGUUGGAGAACCUUUGGAUGGCAGAUUCACAGACCGACUGCUGUGCUGCAAGAAGAGGAAAACAUCCAGAGACCCAACUCCAGAGAACGUCCAGCUGGUCUUCAACUCAUCCAUGAAUCAGGACUGACUUCUGGAUCAAGGCUCGGUUCUUCUGGAUUAUUGUUCUGGGUCAGCUCUGGAUGUUUCCAGAACAUGUUUGGUACCAGGAACCCUGAAGCCCGACCAGAUCCAGUACCAGUUAAUCCAGAACCUUCCAGGAUUAUCGCCACGUUUCUGUCAGCCUGUGAGGAACCAGAACUUUCACUGUGGAAGGAAAAACUUUGGUUUGGACCUCAGAGGGUUUCCUUCCUCUGGACCAGCAACGGCUGCUUCCUCAGCCACUCUACAUGCUCUACAUCUACAUCCAACACGAUGGGACCAACAGCCAGCCUGGACUCAGACAGGUCCAGGUCUUCAGGUCCAGGUCUUCAGGUCUUCAGGUCUUCAGGUCCAGCCACUGAUACUGAGGUCAUGUUGCACGUCACUACAUGAGGACCGUUUGGAAACCUGUAACCAUAGCAACCCCUUCCUGAAAUCAUGGUAACAUGUUGGAUCCCACUCGCUGUCUCUAGAGGUCAGAGGUCAGAGGUCAUUGCUUCCUCUGUCCCCAAAUGGCCGAUCUUGGUCAAAACGUCCCAACAAACGUUCAGUCAAAGUUUUGUGGAUUUUGGAGAAACAUAAGAAUCAUUUAACAAUCAUAAAGGAGAGUUUACUGAGACUUUAUUUAAAACUAAGAUGUUUGAACUGUAAAUAUAUUUUAUCUCAUAUUUACUCAAAAUGAACUUUAAGGCCUGAGAGAUUCUUUGUUUUCUUCCGUCAUGUUUUUGUGAGCGAUGUCUGCAGGAAGCUGAUAAACCAGAUGAUAACAGAACUAAGAGCUGACCUGAUGAGGAAAACACCCAAAGGCUAAAGGUCAAAGGUUGUGACCCUGAGAUACAGGAACUGCCUUGAGUCCUCACAUGCAGAAACACAGGAGAUUUUAUUGUAUAGAAAAGGUUUAUGAGUUUGUGUUAGCAGGUUUUGUUUCCCUCCAGCCUUUUAGAUCAGCUGGUCAAUAAAUCAGGAUGUUAAGAUGAAAAUAAAGGAGAAACUAGAAAAGAUCCUCAGAGAGUUUAGAGACUGAAAAUCAGACUCUGCUCUCAUCACGAGUUAAAUCCACUUCAUUUGUCUUUCUUCUGCUUUUUGUCUAUUAAAGUUGUGAACCUUGA